UCCCUCCACCCUUAAAAACCCUUUGUGACUUCCAUGCUCUAUGAUGCAGGCCUGGGCUUAUAGUUAAGACUGGGCAAACUCAGGGCUCAGUUGCUUCAGGCAGCCAUGCUAUUCACAUCAUGGGGAAUAUCCUCUUUUUUCUGAACAGUUGUACUGAGUCAGGGCUCAGCUCUGGCUUGGCACAUUGCUUGGAUAUUGACCCCGACUUCAUCUGCUUGACUGGGUUGGGGUUGUUUAUGCUGCACAUGUUCUACAUGCUAUUGACUCUCGAUUUGUCACCCCCCAGGAAAAAUAAUGACAUCCCAAUGUGUCAGGGCAGAGCCAGGAGGAGAAAGAAAGGUGGAACAUUUAAAGACCGGAUAACCUUCCAGAAAGAAGCAGAAGAGGAAAGGAAGCUGGUUUCUUUUCUGAAAAGCUUUGGGCCUCCUGCUUUCUGCAGUCCCCUGGGCCAGCAUCAUGAUACAGCCUGCUUUCGUCGACUGUUAUGCCCAGACCCCCUCCGUGCGGUGUGUAACAGAAUAACUGCUGAGAUCCAGUGACUGCUGUGUUGGGAGUCCCUGAAAGAUGCUGCUCCCUCUGUGUCCCCUUCGACUUCUGCAGCUUCUGUGACUGAGUCAUCGUUCACUCUGACUUCUGCCUCCUCAGCCGCCCCUCCAGAAGACUUAAUAAUGUCUCCUAGUCCUGACCCUUCUCCACCACCCCCCUUAAUUCUCUCACCUGACCUGAUCACCCCUUUAGCUGACUUAUUUUCACCCUCACCACUGAGGGACCCUCUGCCACCAAAGCCUGUUUCUCCCCUGGAUUCCAAGUUCCCCAUAGACCAUUCCCCACCCCAACAGCUUCCCUUUCCCUUUCUCCCACCACAUCACAUUCAGAGAGCGGAACCCAAUCUCCAACCUGAGGCCAGUUUGUCUCUGAACACCAUCUUUUCAUUUAACUCCACCCUAUCCCAAGGUAUGAACCCCUUACCAAAUAUUUCCCAGGUCAUGAAUCCCACUGAUUCAUGUGCUUGUCACCAUAAACCACCAAGCCCAUCUGCUUUACCACCGCAAGAUUGCACUGUGACCCAGUCUAAAUCAAGUCUCACCAUAUGGAUGCCUUUUUCAGAGAUGUUAUCUCUAUUUGGUUCUGGUGGGUCAUCCACCUAUUUCCCAGCAAUCAGAGGCAUUGACCAUUCAUGGCCUCCAUCUGCAGAAUUCUCCUGGUGGCAGUCUCAUGCCAAAGACUCUUUUUCUUCCAAUUUUGCACCAUCUGAUUUCAUGCAAGAGCUUCUUAGCCUUCAUUCUUCUGAGACCUCUUUAGGGGAGUACUCUGUGGUCAACCUCAUAGUGCUUGUUAAGCUCUCAUUUCUCAGCCAUGACAUUCUGGCACUUCUGGAGAGACAAGUCAAAAAAAGGGGUGAUUUUCUGUUGUGGAAAGAAAAUGGAAAGAAACCAGGAACUUUCCCAAAACAUCUUAGGCCAAACUACCAACUAAAUUCUUCAGGGAAAAAAGUAGAGCAGCUGCACAUCCAUCAGCAGCCCCCAUAUUCUAAGUGCUUUGAGGACCAUUUAGAACAAAAAUAUGUUCAGCUCUUCUGGGGUCUCCCAUCUCUGCACAGCGAGUCUCUGAAUCCUAAUGUUCCUGACCAACGUGGCCGUUCCUCCAUGUUUGUAUUCUUCAAUGAAAUCACGAGUAUGUCUACAUUCCAGGAAUCCCCAGUACUUCCCCAUCCCCAACCUCUGUCCUUGCCUAUUACCCAGUCCCUCCCCUUGCCUCAAACCCUGCCCCAAGGUCAGUCCCCAGCUCAAAAUCCAUCUCCACUCACAGCCCAACUAUCUAGUCCUCUGUUCCUGAUUGGGAGCUGUUGAGUGUGUUUUCAUAAAUCUCAGAAUGAGGCACAGGCUCUUACACCAUCUGAAAUUAACCAUCUGGAGUGGAAUGUGUUGCGGAAAGUACUGCAAAGUGAGUGGGGUUUACCCUCUGUGGUUCAAAAAUCCCAGGAAGACUUUUGUUCUCCAGCUCGUCUUGCAUUGGUCAAGUCCUUUAAGGCUUGUGGUCCCAUCUCCACCUUUCCUGGAGAUUUUCCACUCAGUGCUGAGCUUAGGAAGAAACUAGAGCACCACCUUCAAAAGAGGCUCAUCCCGCACAGAUGGGGUCUGCCCCACAGAAUCCACGAGUCUCUGUCACUGCUACAUCCUCAGAGCCCAAUUUCAGAGAUAUCUGAGUCAGAGAACAGUGAGGGACCCUUACAUAGCUCUUUGGUUGAGGGUCAAAACCACAAUGAUCUCAAGAAUUUUAAAUCAAGGAAACCUAGAAGCUUCCACAAGAGAAGCUCAAAUAUGCUUUCCCUAGAGAAUGUGGGGAAGUUUCAGGGAUACAGCCAGGAGAAUGGCCCAAAAGAUCAUCUGUUGCAUGAACCAGAGACAUCUUCAGAAGAGGAUCUGAGUUCUAGUUCUGUGAGCGACCUAGAAGGUCACUUGAUGAUGCAUCUGCCAGGGAAUGAAUCAGGGGUCAGCCUAGGUCAGAAACAACUUUCAAAUGCCCUGACAGUACAUUUGAGCAAGAAAUUUGAGAAAAUCAGUAAGGGUCAAGUGCCUUGGAGUGUGCGUAGUUCACAGCAUUCAGUCAAGCAGACAGUGUCUCUUCCAAGAAAUUUGACAGCAUUGGUGGUUGAGGACCACUGUGUUGAUACUUCUCAGAUUUCCUUCCUUGGUUCCAACAAACAAAAGAUGUUGGAAGCCCAUAUUAAAUCUUUCCAUAUGAGGAUGCUGUGGAGUCUUCCCAGCAAGGUCCUUGAAUCCACAGAAAUCUGUAAAUCACAAGAGGACGUUUCCAGUUCCUUUUCCCAUCUUGACCUCCCCUCCUCAGCCACCUUCAUUCCUCAGGAAGAUUCCAAAGAUGCGGUCUCCAAGUCUCUUAGACAAAGCACUCUUCAAGAAGAAAAGUUGGGAACAAUAAGCUCCAUCCCCAUUUUGUAUCAUCCUGACCGUGUUUCUGAUACUGAACACAACCUUGAGACGGAUUCCAAAAAUGGUGCCUCCAGUCCCCUCAGAGGAAGCACUACAGAUUUUCAAGGAAAAAAGAUAGAUAACUUGACUUCCAAGGGCUUACUGACUCAUGCUCAGGGCAUCUCCAGUGGGAACAUGGCAACUUCCCAGAUGCUACAUGUCCAUGUGGAGGACAGCAGACAUGUGGAACAGCAGCAGAAGCCCACGGUUUCUAAGCAUGUCUUACAGAUUUGCCAAGUUAAGAAUUUCCCACCAGCUACAAAAAGAGUGAAAUCCAAAGGAGGAGAGCUUGGUGGAGGGGAUGCAGGGUUGGGCACACCCCAACCCAGGAGAAAGAGCCAUCCUGUUCAAAAGAAGACAUCAGGGGAGGUGCUUGGGAGAAAAUAUUCCCCAACCUUGAAAACACAGCCUCCUCGAAAAUGGAUGAAGACCUUUUUUCAGAGGUUUAAGAAACCCAGCAUAAUAUGUGAGGAACAAGAAUGUUCCAGAAAAAGUAGCUCCCUGUCAUCAUCUGUGCAGGAUAGAGGUCCAGCUAUGAUUAGAGCUGCCUUUACUGGGACUACUGAAGCUCAGAAAGUUAAGAGAGACAUUGGAAAGUCCCUAGAGGAGAAGCUGGAGCAUAGGGGUGGGAUAGAAAUCACCUGUCCCCAAGAGCCCCUUUUCUCCCCAGUGGAGCUUAGAAAAGCUCAGCACAAGACAGUACUGCAGGACAGAGCAAAGCCUGUCCAGGGCUAUCCCUGCAACUACAUGGCUCCCUCCUGCAAAGUGACAUGUAGCAAAUCUUGCAGCCAACAAGCUAUCUUAGUUGGCCAGAAUUAUCCAACGAGGAUUAGACAGAUCACAGACACGAACAGACAGCCCCAAAUUGAGGCAUUUAAGGGCAAGAUAUUGUGUCAAAGGCAUCCCCAAUCCAUGCCCCACAGGAAGGCUGUGCCCCAACUAAAUCCCACUUGCCAGUGUCAAGUUGAUUCAGUACCUCCAGCCAUCCCAACCACUGCUAAAAGCACUGUGUUUAGUGAUGAGCCUUUAGUAAUUACACAGACAAUGCUUCCAAAACAUUUCCAGGGAGGAAAAUUUCCCCCCACAAAAUAAUUCACUCCUGUUUGAGAAUAUCGAUUCUCCCCAGUAAAUGUUCUAAUAAGACUGAUAUCUUUUCUGUGUAUUGUGUUGGGGAGUAUUGGUAUUGAGUAACCCAAGCUUGUGCUUUGGGAAAGGUAGGAGUUGGUUCAGUUCUCACUGACUGCCUCCUUUGACUUCUAAAAGGUGACCAGUCUCCUGGAGCUAUUGUGGAGGAAUGAGUUUCAUGUGUCUUCAAAAGCCCCUUCAGUCCCUGAUGAAGUCUGAGGAGUUGGACUCUUUUCUACCUCUUUGAUUGAGACUUGCUGAUAUUGUAUGGCAGCCUGCACCUUCUUCCCCAUUCACUGCUUCAUAUUCUUUAGAGCAGUGAGUAAGACAGGCCUUCCAUAUGUGAAGAGAGGGUCAAGGACAGGUAUAUUUUUCAGAAAUAGUGGUUUAAUCACUAUUUUAAAAAGUUUUCAGUGACCAGAGGAUCAUGUAAGUUGGUGGGAGUGUUGGGGGUACUGCUGGCUGGGGUAGGGUGUCAGGAACACUGUGGUUGCCGCUUAAGAUGAUGACAAGCAGGGCAUGCUCAUGAUUUGGGGAAACAUAUUUUGACCUCAACAUUAAGGUUUUUCCACUAAAAAGUCACUUUCAGGAACUAGUUCCACUCCCUGGGUAUUUCCUGGAUUUAUGACAUUUUUAAUGAGCAGAGAGAUCACCUAGCUGUCUGUGGUAGCAACGUUGACCAGGCAACCACCUACCUCAUAGCAUAAAAUAAAGGUGAGAGUAAGGAAAGAUGCCUUAGAAUAAAAGAGAAAGUAAGAAAAAAGUGAAGAUAGGAAAAGAUGACCCUGCUGGUGGAAAAAAGUUUGUGCCCCAUCAUGUCUAUAUUAUGACCCUUUUUCAAUCCAGAUCUAGGCACCACCCCCUGAGGUUUACCAGGGCACUGCAGAGCUUACAGAUGCCAUUUUGGCAGUGGUGUACCCGGGGCUGUUCUUUAACUACUACAACAGUAUCUGCAGGACUGUUGUCAAGCAUGGCAUCUCUCCCUUUGGGGAAGGUGAUCUUUGUGCCUUCUCUCCAGCCAUGUUGAUGGCAACAUGUAAGAUCUUCCCUUAGUGUAUACGGUUCACCUAUCAGGAUGGAGGUGUCACAGGUCUUCACAAGCUUAGUGGAAUAUAAUAGAUAUUGUAUAGAACACCCGCAGCUUAUGAUCCAGAGGUGAGUCCUGGACUACACUGAACUAUGCAUGAGGGUUACAGAUAUUUGGGGGCUCAUUAUGGACCUUUACAGAAUGCUCCCUAUGGCCAAGGUUAGUAUAUAAGCACCCUUAAAACAUUAGGGGUUUUAAGGCAACUCCACUUAUACAGACUGGGAUUGAAAGAUGAGUUUUCUAGAGGGCACUUGAGGUAGGUUUCCUAGAAAAAUUUGUGGUCAAGCAUCCUUGCCUUUUAUUCCUGCCUGUAAUCCCAGCACUUUGGGAGACUGAGGCAGACAGAUCACCUGAGGUCAGGAGUUUGACCAGCCUGACCAACAUGGUGAAAACCCAUCUCUACUCAAAAAUACAAAAAUUAGCUGGGCAUGGUGGUGCAUGCCUGUAAUCCCAGCUACUUGGGAGGCUGAGGCACGAGCUGAAAUGCCAUUGCACUGCAGCCUGGGCAACAAGAGUGAAACUCAGUCUCAAAAAAAAAGUGGGGGUUUUUAACCUUCUCUGUCUUAGGAGAGGCACCCUCCUAAGUUGGGCCUCUAACCAAAUCUCAUCCUUUACUGGGGUAAAAUGUACCCCACCACUUACUCAAAGUUGGUGCUGCAAACUAUUUCCUUCAGGUAGGGGGUCUCCUCAGUAUAAUCCCUUCGUGGUUACCAGGAAGAUGUUACCAGAAAGGGGUCCUGAUCCAGACCCCAAGAGAGGGUUCUUGGGUCUCAUGCAAGAAAGAAUUCAGGGCAAGUCCAUACAGUAAAGUGAAAGCAAGUUAAUUAAGAAAGUAAAGAAACAACCUUUUCUCCUAAAUCUUGACAAUAAAUACAUUUCUUUCUAAUAUUUGACAUUUAAAACUCAAGUAUUUUUUUCUUUAAAGCUGACCAUUUAAGGGGAAUAUGAUAUUUUUUAAAAAGUGGAUAAUAUACAAUUGCACUUCAUGGCCUUGUUUAUUAGAUUGGCCAAAACAAAAAAACAAAAAUCAAUUUGGUCUAUCUGUAAGCAAAAGACAACAUUUCUACUUUUGCUUGUUCUUUUUGGGUAAAAAGAGAGUACUUAUUAUUAUAUAUGGUUCCUAGAUUUUUAUAUAUUUGAAAAUCUGAUUACUAUUUUGUUUAAGAGAUUUCUCAUUGAUCAUACAGAGUUUCCACUACUCCAUGCCAAAACCAGCUUCUUAUUAUAACAGUAUCUUGUAACAAGACCUGGCAUCUGAAGCAAGUUCUCACUUAGUUUCAUUCCUUCCUCAUACCUACAGUCUUUCUUCUCAUAAUUUUCUUCCUGUAACUUUUGGUGAAAUGGACCCACAGUCCGAAGGCUUGUGUUUGAAUUUGUGUUUAUUCAUUCACAUACUGUAUGAAUUUGUACAAGUCAGGUGAAACCGGGGAACUUUGGAUUCCUCAUUUGUAAAAAGCAGAUAAUACCUCCCUCCAAGGUUGAUUUGAACAUUGAAUAAUAUUUUUUGUAAAAAUACAUCUAAUUAUAGUUCUUAAUUCUCAAUACACAAUUAAUUCAUUCAGCAAUAUGAAAUGUCACUUACCAUUCAGGUUUUCUCUAUUUUGUAGCCUUUCCUGAUUCCAUUACUCUCUCUUAUUUUACCAAAGCCCUUCAUAUGUGCCUAUAUAUUACCAUUAUUACAUUAUGCCAUCAUCUUUUCCAUGAUUUUU